AUGUCUCAGGACCUUGAAAUCCAAUACUACCACCAUGGGCGCUUCCGUGUUGCAGGUGGUGUGCUACCUGAUGCCAUUACUGCAUACCAGACAUUUGGCGACCCAAAGAAUCCGGUUAUCGUGUUUCCUACAUGUUAUGGUGGAAAACUGGACACAAAUGGAUUAUUAGGUCAAAGCUAUAUGGUAGGGGAAGACAAGGUAACCCCAUAUAGCUUGAUCGUUUUGGAUCCGCGUAAGUACUAUGUGGUGACCCUCGCCUUAUUUUCCAAUGGAGAGUCUUCUUCACCUUCUAACACACCUGCGCCAUACAACGGUCCCUACUUCCCUACUAUCUCCUACGAGGACAACGCUUACUAUUGGCCAGUCAUGUAUCCUGACUUUGUUGAAAGGUAUAUUUUUGACCGCUCUUUCAGUAACUUUUCUCUAAUCCUGGUCAAGAUACAUCCCCAUCUCUUCUUAGAAGGUCCUAAAGCCGCUCUUUCGGCUUCAAAAGACUUCCAGAAUGGCCACUACAAGAGCACUCCUCAACAUGGUAUCCGGGCAUUUGGCCGUGCAUACAGCGCAUGGGCGUAUAGCCAGGCGUGGUAUGCCAAGAAAGGUUAUCUCUUUGACGGAAAAUACACAAGCCUAAACGACUUCUUAAGAGAGGACUGGGAAGGAGGUUUCCUAGAAGGGUGGGACGCCAACGAUUUAUUGACACUCUUGAACACAUGGCAGAUGGGGGAUGUUUCUCUCAUACGCGACGGAGGUUACUUUGCGAACUGCCUAGGAGCGAUCAAGGCCAGAGGUCUGAUCAUGCCUUGCAAGAAAGACCUGUACUUCCCUCCGGAGGACUGUCAGAAUGAGAUGAAAUUCUUGAACAACGCAAAACUCGUCAUUAUCGAUUCGGAGUGGGGCCAUAUGUCCGGGGGAGGAUCAAACGUACAGGAUGAUGAGUUCAUACAAGCAGAGUAUUAUCAUCAUGGUCGCUUCAAAGUAGCAGGAGGAGUACUCCCUGAUGCCGUAACCGCAUACCGGACAUACGGAGACCCAAGCAAUGACAAAGUGAUUGUUUUCCCGACAUGUUACGGGGCCAAACUCGCCCUUGGGAGUCAAGACUACCUCGUUGGCGAAGGCAAGGUCCUUGACCCAAAUAAAUACUUCGUGGUGACAUUCGCGCUUUUCUGUAAUGGAGAGCCUGCACCUUAUGAUGGCCCGUACUUCCCGUUCGUUUCCUACGAAGAUAACAUUCGCGCUCAGCAUGCCGUUUUGACAAAGCACCUUGGAGUGCGCAAGGCCUUCUGUGUGGUUGGAUUUUCUAUGGGCGGACAACAGGCAUAUCACUGGCCGGUCGUCUUCCCUGACUUUGUAGAGCGGUUUGUUUCUAUAUGCUCGUCUGCUCGCACGAGUCCCCAUAACCAAUGCUUCCUAGAAGGACCGAAGGCAGCGAUGUUAGCAAGCAAAGAUUUUGCCGACGGUCAUUAUCAGAGCACUCCUCAGCAUGGAAUCCGAGCGUUCGGCCGAGUCUACAGCGCAUGGGCCUAUGGGCAAACUUGGUUCCGGGAGUACAAGCACCUGAUGGACGGAGAGUACCCGGACCUGAACUCGUUCAUCAGGGAGCGGUGGGAAGCAGGAUAUGUCAAUAACUGGGAUGCAAACGACAUGAUUGCACUUUUGAACACAUGGCAGAAGGGAGACAUUUCCAUCGUUCGUGAUGGCGGAGACUACGAAAAGGCUCUGAAGAGCAUCAAAGCAAAGGGACUCAUUAUGCCUUCGAAGACGGAUCUUUACUUUCCGCCGGAGGACAGCGAAACCGAAGUGUCUCACCUCAGAAAUGCUAAGUUGCAUGUGAUCCCAUCGAUCUGGGGUCAUGUUGCAGGGGGCAGCGCUAACCCGCAAGAUGUCGCUUUCAUAACAGAGAAGAUCGCGGAAUUUUUGCAAGCGCCUUGA